CGACAUCCGAACGCAAUGUGUACCCAGCUGUUUACAUGUGUUGACCUACGAGAGCCUGAGAAAGAGAGAGGGAGAGAGAAAACAGGAAAAAAGUCAAGGAAGAUCAUGAACAGGAUCCAACAAACUCACCAUGAAGAACUUGACUUUCGUUUCUGCGAUGAUGUCAUCAAAUACGAAAAACUCGCCAAAAUUGGCCAAGGAACAUUCGGUGAGGUUUUUAAAGCACGAGACAAGAGAACAGGGAGAGUUGUGGCACUCAAGAAAAUUCUCAUGGAGAACGAGAAGGAAGGGUUUCCCAUCACAGCACUCCGUGAGAUAAGAAUUCUCAAGCUGUUGAAGCAUGACAAUGUUGUAAGCCUACUGGAAAUCAGUCGAACUAAAGGUCCUCCACCCCCAGGCCUACAGAAACCAGCUAAAGCGACUCCACAUAUGUCUAGCCUUUCUACAUUUUUCUUGGUCUUUGAAUUUUGUGAACACGAUCUGGCUGGUUUGUUGUCAAAUGUGAAUGUGAAAUUCAACUUGGGUGAGAUAAAAAAGGUUAUGCAGCAAUUGUUGAAUGGAUUAUAUUACAUUCACUCUAACAAAAUUCUCCAUCGAGACUUAAAAGCUUCCAAUGUUCUAAUCACAAAAACUGGUAUCCUAAAGUUAGCUGACUUUGGUUUGGCUAGAGCAUUCAGCACAAGUAGGCAAGGACCAAAUAGGUAUACAAAUCGAGUCGUAACACUUUGGUAUAGACCCCCAGAACUAUUACUAGGAGAAAGAAAUUAUGGUCCACCUGUGGAUAUGUGGGGAGCAGGAUGUAUUAUGGCUGAGAUGUGGACUCGAACACCAAUAUUACAGGGUAGCACAGAACAACACCAGCUUGCCCUUAUCACGAAGCUAUGUGGGUCUAUAACACCAGAAGUGUGGCCAACUGUAGAAAAUUUAGAUCUAUAUACCAAAAUGGAACUGGCCCGGGGACAAAAACGUAGAGUCAUUGAAAGACUUCAUCAUUAUGUUCGAGAUAGUCAGGCAUUGGACCUUUUAGAUAAACUUCUGACUUUAGACCCAAGCAAAAGGAUAGACUCUUCCUCAGCUCUAGACCAUGAUUUCUUUUGGACAGACCCCAUGCCAGGGGAUCUUUCCAAAAUGUUAUCACAGCACACUCAGAGUAUGUUUGAGUAUUUAGCUCCGGCAAGACGACCAGGUGCUUCAAACCGGCCAAUGCUUCAACCUCGCCAACCAGACAAUGUAUCAACCUAUCAGGAACGUGUUUACUAAGAGUUGGUGGAUAUAGAAGUGGUGGAUAUUGUAUAUGUCAUUGUAUACUAUCAUUGUCAUUAUUCAUAAGGCAAGUUAUCACAAAAUAUUUAGAUUUUGAAGAUCCAUAGCAUGGCUGUUUUUUCCAACUAAGAUUUUUUUUAAAUGAGGACUUGGUUAGUGAAAGGUCCAUUAUGUGAACAUUGGAGAGCUCUAAGCACAUUUUAGAUGAAUCUGUUUUCCAAGUUGUGAUUUAUUUUAUUAUGCUCUUUAGUAUAUGUACCAAAGAAAAAGAAUAACAUUUGUAUACAGAAUAUUAAGUUUAUAGCACUGCUGUAUGUAGGUGUAAAAAUAGGAAUGGGAUACUUUAAUUUCAAACUAGGUGGAAUGAGCUUACCUAUAUGUUUAAAUGAAGGUCAGGAUAAUUAAAGAAAUACUAGGUCUGUUUGGAGUUUCAAGUAUCUUUUCAGGUUUGCAUAAUUGAAAUGUAUGCAGUAUUAGUUUCUUUAUAUAUUAGUAAGAGGGCUUUAAUAUUUUUAUAAGUACUUUCACCUUAUGUUCAUUGUUCAUUUUUUAUUUUUAACAUCAUUUUCACAUUUGUGCCAAUGUGUCAUUUUUGCAAAGAAGUUAAAUUAUUGCAAUUUAUGGCAGUUCACUGGUAUAUAAGGCAAAACUUAUAAAUUUAUGGAUUUAAAGUUAAUAAAUUUUUAUCAACUUCUGGUUUGUUCCUUCUGUAAUUAUGUAAUCUAUUUUUCCAUUGGCAUAUUGUGGUUUACCAGCAAACUGUCUUCCUAGUAUGUAAUGGUUGGGACAGUUCUUUUUACUAGAGAAUUUUGAUUGCUAUAUUGUACUACAAUACCCUUCACGAAUUUUGAAUGCAUUGUCAAACCCAAUAUAUAAGAUUGCAAUAAAAGAAUAAGUAUUUUUCAUUAAAGGUGAUUCUAGGAGACAUUUACCUCUUGUUUUUAUAUAUAUAUUAUUUUUGUAAUUGCCAACUGCUAGUUUAGUAUUUGCCUGGGAAGGCUUUAUCUUGUUUGAAAUUGAUUAUUAAUAUGAGGUACAAGUGUUAUUUAAUAGAAUUGGUGGGGAUAAUUCUAACAAGCUGAUGAGCAUCUAUUCUAAAAGUACAGAUAGCAAUAUCUUAGGUUGCAGUUUAAAAAUAGCCAAGAACUGAUGUACAGCUUAACUCUGUGAAUUUUAAUAGUAUAGCAUCGAGAGGUUUGGGUCUGUUAUGGUUAGCAUUUACUAGAGCAUUUUGUGAUGACAACAUUUUAGAUGAUGCGAUAAACUAUAGGAAAUGAAGGAAUGUGAAGUGUGAUGUUCUAUUCAAAACAAAAGAAAGAGUAGAGGUAAAAUUAUCUAUUUUUUAAUAAUGGUCAAGUAGCCCUGUAUUGUAAUUGUUUUAAUGUGCUAAGGUGAUAUUUUGUCCUUUUGUGCAUCUUGAUGCAAGAAGUUGGUAAUUGGAUAGCCAUUGGGAUAGAACUUUAUAUAUUGCUUUACUUGAUAUUUUCUUGAUGUAAGUAUACAGGCCUUAUCUGUUACCUCAUUAUUUGCAUAGCAGUAUUUUCAUAUAUGAUAGGAUGCAUAGUUUUUCCAUUUCUCGGGUAUGCUGUUCAUGUACAGCUGCAUUGUGCAAAGGGAGCAGUAAGGAAAGUCAUUUUUGUGUGGGCUUCAUUUUGAAAUUAUAGUUUUUUUCUUUAUGGUCAGAUUCUUGUGGAAUACAUCUCCUAGUUCUCAGUUCCCCAAAAAUAGUUUGGAUGAGUUGUUUUGUAAAAUAUUACAUUACCAGAUGACAAUGUGAUAAAGGUGCUAGAAGCUACUAAUAUAGUUAAUUUUGUUGCCUUGUUAACCCCUAAGAAGAGGUUAUCUUGUACAGUGUAAACAUUCUUAGGAAUAAACUAGCACUAUGGUAAUUAUAGUAUGUCAAGUGAUGGCAUAUGUGCAUUUAGCAAAAAUGACGCUGUUAUGCUUAAAACCACUUCAUAUGUAGGUGCAGAGUUCACUGUAUUGUCAGACUGCAGUAGAAAUGUUGGGGGAAAGUAUUGUCUUACCAUUUAAGAAACAAGCAGCAUUUUUUAAACUUCCUUUGUCAGUCAAUACUAUCAUCACAAAGUUAGUUGUAACCCUUCAAUGAUUGAUAGUUUAACCUGUCAGCCUGCAGGACUGCGUAGCUAAUAUUAAGAAAAAACUAACUGAAAUGAGGCAGAAGAUCUUGGAUAUGGUAGAAUGUUUUGCUGUAUGUAGUAUGUUUGGCUCUGAUAGUAAGAAGGGAGUGCAGAAAAGAAAAGCAACAGCCUAGAUCAGGUGGAAAGAGUGUCCUAGAGUAUUGGGAAAUAAGAGCAUACCAUUUGUAAACCAGGCAUGAGUCUGUGGCACAUAUAUAAUGCCUGUACUUCUCUAUGCAGCAGAGACUUUGAAACUUGCAGAGAAAAUAAGGAGACUGAAGUGACUGGCAACAAAACAUCAAGAUCUAAGGCUGGAGUUCAUUGAAAUAGUUGAGAGAUGCAGUGUCCAGAGGCCCUAAAAUGACUGAGAUCUCAAAGAUUGAGAUGAGUUGGGCAUGUCAUGAGGAGGGGAGAAAAGCAGUCAGUCAGACUAACACAUGUGUAAAUGGUUGGGGAAUUCUGGUAGAAGUUGCAGAUAGGUGACAACUCAUAUCACAUCAAAUUCUAUAGAGUCCAACAAAAAUAUUGAAGGAUGAGUGAAAAAUACCUCUAGCAAUCAUCAAUUAUUCAGUCAUGAAACACAAUUGUGUCUGCACAAUGAAGCAUGGAGCUGGAGCAAGGUGCAUGUUUUUCCCUUAUACAAUAUUGACUACCCCAUUUGCUAAAUUUUUUCAGAUCUAUUACACUUCACACUAGUUGCCCUAAAACUACAGUAGUAGCAUUAUCUGUGUAGUGGACUGACGAUCUUACUCUGUAACAGUUGUGACAUUAAAAACUCACAACAACAUAGAUCUGAUACACUACCAUGAGCAACAGAAAACAAGAAUACAUGCCCCUAUACCUAUUAAGAACACAGUCAACUGAACAAGUAUGCUGGCAGUCAUCUUAAAACUAGUUAGUAAAACCAAAUGUACAGCCUCUGACAACCAAGAUAUGAAGAUUGUAAAUAGAGCUGACAGCUAACUUGGUCAAAUGUCUGGACUCAUAUAUCAGUUUUUUAUGCUUUUAGAUUAAGCAGGCCAUUACACACAAACCCUUAUUGUCAUUUAGGUAAACAUAGCAAACAAGAAGAGUGUUUAGUUUUAUGGAAUAUUUACAAGCAAUUAAAGACAAAUUUUUUAUAACAGUAGAGAACACUGAAAAGAUAGAAAUUGGCCCAUAAUUGUUGUAAUCUUUAUGAAAUAUUUAUGUAAUUUCUGCUUUGGAAAAAUUUCACUUUUAUUCAGAAAAACGCAGCAAAAAGACCGAAAAGAACUCAUCUAGCAUCAUAGCUUGUAUGGGGAAAGUCAGACUAAACCAAUGAAUAUUAAUCUUGGUUGAUCUGGAUUUUUCUUAUUAUUAAUAUAGUUUGUUUCUUUGUGUCUGUUCGUCCAUUAAUAAUGGAAAUUGUGUUUAAAUGAAUUAUUGUAAAGAAUUCAAAAUGUAAUUUUUGCUGUAGUUACAGACGUCUGAUUGGUAAGGAAGCAUUAUGGGCAAUACUUGAAUAGAACUUUUAUCUAAAAACUAAUAAGAAAUUUGUCUUUGUAUGACUAUUCAUUACAUUUUAAAUGUUUGAUCUGAUAAUAUAUAUAAAAGGUAUGAAAAUGUGGAGGGAUUUAAUUAGGUAGUAUCAUGAUUAAAUCACAUUUUAAUAUUGAGAAGUUGUCACUUUUUUAUAGUCUUUUCUUUGGCAUAGUUCUAAAAUUGUAGUUUGCUUUCUAUUUGUUUGAACAAGACAAUGUUGGUCAUUUAGGUAAUGCAAAAUUCUUUGUUUUAACAUUACGGGACAAAAAAACCUGCAAUGAAAUGAGGUAAUAUCAUAUGAAAUAUUUUUUUAAAGAAAAAUUUAGACCAGGUUGGAAGCUCAUGACUCUAUAUCUGGUAAACUUCAUGUUUUUUUUUAUUCCGGAUUCACAAUAUUUGUAAUGAAAGGGAGGACAAAUUCUGUUUAUUUUCCCUUCGAUCAACUCCGCAGAAACAUUGAUGUGGUCCUUUUAGCAUUUUUUGACUUGGUCAUUUUGGUUUAUGUAAAGUACUGAUUAAUGGAAGAUGAUUCAGGACUUUUAACACAGUUUAGCCGUCUUGAGCCAGUACCAAACUACUAGGUUAUUUCUUGCAGUAUAGCUCUGCUGCUGUAUAUGAGACCACUGUGACAUCUGUUAGGAUUUGUUCCUAAAUGAAAGGUGAUGAUUUUAGCAAGGAGAUGACAGUAAAGAAACAUUGUUGCUUUGUAUGAAUAAAGGAAACUCAUGGAAAACUAAAGGAAUAAUGAAAUGCAUAUUUGUUGCCAUUGAAAGUGUACCUUGCUUGGGAUACUGCAUGUAAUACUUCUUCCAGUUAGGUUCUGUCUCCCUGCUUUGAAUAUGAUUAUAAUCUGCAUAUGUGAACAGCUCCAUUAGGCAGUAAUAAGUGUAGUUAUAUAUGACAUUUAGUUUCAGCAUUGGCUGUGUUUUGUCUAGUACAUAUAAAUCGGUGAUAGGAUUUCAGAUACUGUCGACUGUUAUUUCUAGCAUUCAACUACUGUCAGUUGAUAGGCAGGUGAAAUCCCAUUUUGCAUCUGCCAUUCAAAGUUUUGAACACUCAUUGUUCAUAUAAUUAUUUCAACCUCUUUCCAGAGAAUGGCAAAGCAGUCUGUCACAUUUUUGGUUUUGAUUCUUUAUAAAUGCUCAGUAGUACACAAGUGUUCCCAACCUUUUAUGUCAGACCAGUAGUAUGUCUGACCAGUAGUGCACAAGUGUUCCCACUUGUUGCUUUUUGUUUCAUUCUUGUUAAGAAGUUUGUUGAACAACUGCAAGCAUCUUCUGCCUUUGGUUGUAGGAUUCACAAACUUGGGAGUGUACUUAAAAGUUUUGGUACAGAAUAAAAUUAAUUUUUCUUGAAUAUUUGGGAGUGUACGUACUGAAAAGGUUUGGUACAGAAUAAAAUUAAUUUUUCUUGAAUACUUGGAAGAACUUUAUUCAAUUAAUUUUCAUGGAUUAUAAAUGAGGUCUUUUCUAUUUAGUCUGUAAAACUACUAAUAAAAUUUAUGGGAUUAUUGAUUGUUGUUUAACUGCACAAUGGAAUCUGCAUUCUUAAUUCUCAUUGGGCUUGCCCAAAUGGUUUGUCUUCAUUUAGGUAAUAUUAGAUCUUUUGUAAUUACUUUACCCUUUUAAAAUUUGAUUGUUGGGUAGUCAGAAAAUGUUGAAAAUUCCAAGAGAAUAAUUUUGAGGCUUUGUAUCUCCAACUUACAUUAUUUUUCGGUUGUAAGUGGUGUUCUGCUUUUUCUGCACACAGGUUGGGUCAUGUGGAUGAUUUUUUAUAUAAAGACCCAAUGGUUUUUUGUAUUUUGUACUGCAUCUUCAAAAAUUCUUGUUAUUUGUGUAGCUUAUUAUAAAUGCUCAAUAAAGGAACGGGGAAUUAUUUGUUACUUAGAUUAGUUGGUAAUUAUAAUAUUGUACCCGGUUGUGUAAUCCUUUGAGUCAGUUGGUAAUCUUGUAAAAGGCAUCCUCCAACUUUAUAUCAUGCACAACAAAUAAUAACUUUAUUAUCCUAGAACAUACUUAAAAUGUUUGGUAAUAAUUGAUAAAGUAAUUUAGGAAAUUACAAGAUAACUAGAUUUUGUAAAAAAUAGAACCUCCAAAAAGUUUAACCUUUUGGGGGGGACAGGAAAAACUAUAGAUUGUGUCCCUAUUGUAAAAUAUUCAGGUUGCCUUGUUAGAUAAGUUUCAGUUCGGUGGCAUAUAUGCAUUGUCAUUUUGUAGGUGAGAGAUAUUCAAAUUUUACUUUGAUAACAAAAAUAUGAAAGGCUCAAACAUGUUUUAUAUAAUAUGAAACUGAAAUAUAUUACCUAUAGUAAUAUACAAGUAAUAUUGGUUUGCAGGUUCCUUAGUCUGAAAAAUUGUAAUUAUUUCAAGUUAAAAAUUAAGAAAUUCAUAUAAAAAUAAGGUAUUCAGUCACACUUUUGCUUUUAAGUUACAAAUCAUUCUUGCCUGAAGUCUGCAUAGUGGGAUAGUGAUCCCAGAAUGAAGGUGAACUUAUUCAAGAUUAUAGUUUUCAAGUUAUUUAAAUUUCUUGAAAUGUCAAGUUAUUUAUGAUACUAACACCAUAAAAAGUAUUUCUUUAUCUAUCUAAAACUCAUGAAUACUUUGUCUUUGCAACUGAUGCAUUAUGGAAGAUCUCUUAGCAUUAAAAAAAAUUAAAAAUGAGUGAGCUAAGUAUGUACUAGCUUUGUUCUUAAAGUAAAUACACUAUAACCUUAGUUUAUGUAUGGAAUACAGUAAAAUAUUUUGAAUAAUUGCAACACCAUUGGAGGUAAUUUGAUUUAUAUUAAAGUUUUGUAAAAGGGUAAUUUACAUUAAAGGUGGAAAAGUAACAAAGUAACCCUACAUUCAGUCAUUUACAAGAUCGAUUAAAAUUGGAGAGCGUAGAAACAAGGUUCAGGAAUUAAUUGAAUUGGUGCAGUCAUCAUCUUGAAAAUCUGUAUGCAUUUAAGCUCUCUCUUAUCAACAUUUUAAUUAAGUAUAGUAAGCUGGAUAACACCAAAAACUAUGGGUUUACAUAUAGCUGUUAAUUUGUCUUUUACCUUUGUAAUGUUUGCUUCAAUAGGGAAUUGACUUUACCAAUAUCCCACCGAUUGCUUCAUAAAUUUCACAGGCAAAACACUACCUUACCAUCUAUUUGGUUCUUGGGGAACCCAUUGGUCUAACUGUCAAGGCAUCUGCAGCUACCAUCUGGUUCUCCCUGGUCCUAGCUAGAGUGAAGAAGGAGCUUGAACACUGGUCAUGCACAUACAUUUUUGGUCUAAAAGAACAUUUGUUGCUAUUCAAUGGCCUGUCCUUGCUUCUGCUACUUAUGUGUUAUCUUUAACCUUUAAACAUAAAGAUAUGUAAAACAUGCCAGUAUACAGGUAAUAUUGCAGUGUCUCAAGUUUUUCUGCCUGAGCAAGUAAAACAUUUUGAGAAUAAAGGAGGUUAAAGAUUUUUGUAGUCUGCAGAUUCACAUAAUUUUGAUGGUACUAUACACUGAACACACCAAACAUUUGAAACAGUUUUAUUUAAAUGCACUUCUUAUUAAGUCAAAGCAAGAACUUUUGAUUAAAAAACCUAUCAGGAACCUGGAAGAGGAAAUGUCAUCUAACAACCUUAAAUCCUUAAUGGUAUGUGAGCAGAAUUCCUUGUAGGUUGUUUGACAACAGGGGUAACGGAAUUUGUUAUCCUAUGCAAAUGAAGUAGUAGUUCGGCUCGCCACCUUCUGAUGAUGAAUUUAUGCGCUUGUAUUACAGAGUACGUAAUGUCACUGACCUUUAAGACUGUUAAGAGACUUCAAUAGUGAAUGGAAGCUGAACAAGUUCCCCUGCUAGAACUUCAGUGAAGUACAGUACCUGAAUUGUUUACCUCUGGUAUGAAAGAUAUUCUUUCUGCUUGUCUGACAAAUUGCAUAGCACCUACUUAUUUUUACAUCUUCACAGAGAUUCACUUGUUGACUGCUUAUUAAGAUUUUUUUUCUGAAGGUAAAAAAUGGGCAAGGUAUCAUGAAAUUUUAAAGCAAUGUACUGUAGUAGUGUAAUAAAGGAAAAGUUAUUUGGCCCCUGUUUAUUCAAGAAUAAGCAAUGGCAGUUCUCAGAAAAUGUUAAUUUUUUUGUAUUUUGCAAGUGUAUAUUGAA